AUGACCGCCAGCAAGACCGCCCAGCAGGCCCACCACCACCGCUCCACCCUUUCCCAGACCAACAAGCGAUUCAAGGCACGCCACGCAACGAAGGGAUCGCUCAAACAGGUCGCCAAAGGCAGACUCGAAAAGGAUGCGAGUCAGGGCAAGCCAAAACAUGCCAGCCAGUCCGGCCAGAAAGCUCACCGGAAAAACCAAGCAAAGCAACUCCAGGCACACAAAGCCGCACUCCAGGCAGGCUGCCAGAAGGUGUUCUCCGGGCCCAACCCAGCCCCCAGGGUCAUCGCAAUCCUAGCGCUCUCCGGAGAUCUCGACCCACUCGCAGACGUCUUGAACCCAAUCCGAACAGCCGCCAAUCUCGCCGACCCCAUCCACCCAGACUCCCGGACGAUCACCUUCACUUGGCCCCAUUCUUCCCGCUCAUCCCCAAGUCUGCUCCAGUUCGUUCUCAUCCCACAUCGUGCCCCGCUCGGCCAGGUCCUCUCCACCGUCGCCGCUUCCGACUUCCUGAUCACCUCUCUCUCAGCCGUAGAAGAAGUCACCCCCUGGGGUGAAACGACCCUCAGAGCUAUCCAAGCCCUUGGGGGUCCAGCCUUGGGUGUCCUUGGACUGGUCUCCCAUCUCGAGUCAUUAAACGGAACCCGUGAAACUCAAAAAACCCGCGAAAGUCUCACGAGCUUCCUCCGAUACUUCUUCCCUGAAUCUCUCCUGCUCAACCGGCUCGUCUCAGCUGAUAAACCUGAAGAAAUCUUGGUUGCUAUCCGGAGUAUUCUCGCCAAACUACCCAAUCGAGCCGCGAAUGGUCUCCCCAUCGGGUGGAGAGAGGGUCGAGGUCGGUUGGUGGCCGAGAAGAUCGACUGGGAAGAUGGCACGUUGAAAAUAACCGGCCAUGUGCGGGGCGGACGUUUCAGUGCCAACAGACUGGUCCAUUUACCCUUCUUCGGUGACUAUCGGGUCAGCACGAUUACUAUGGCUGAAAAUGGAAUGGUCGUCUCGGCCCGCACCGAUGAGGAAGCGGAUGAUCUCGUCUCAGAGAAUUGCCCUUCGGCGGGUGAUGAACUGAUGGCCGAACAAACCUGGCCAACCGAAGAAGAGAUAGCUAGUGCACCAGCCCAUCAACAGGCGAACAAGAAAGCACGACGUGUUCCCGUUGGUACCAGUGAAUACCAGGCUGCGUGGAUCGUGGACGAAGAUGGUGAAGGUAUCGAAGAUGAUGACGAAGAAGAUGAAGAGAUUGAAGGAAACAAUGAGUUAGACGAAUCCCCAAACCACUCUCAGGGAGAUGAAGACGAAGACGAAAUGGAGGAUUUGAAAGUCAACAACCAAGCCGGCUCGUCCAAGGAUGUACACUUCAUGGAUCUGUCCGAAGAAGCUGAGCAAGCCGAUCUAGCCCAGUACCGUGCCGAUCGACAACGCGAGCGAGAGCGCGCUGCAAAAGAAGACGACGAGUUUCCCGAUGAAAUAGAUACUCCUCUAGACGUCCCAGCUCGACAAAGAUUUGCAAGGUAUAGAGGGAUGAAGAGUCUUCGCACAAGCGAGUGGGACCCUUACGAAAAUUUGCCGAUCGAAUAUGGCAAGAUUUUCGCUUUCCAAGGCUGGAAAUCUAUGGGUCGAAAGCUGGCUCAAAAAGCAAAUGAACGGGAAGCAGGAGCUGGACCUGGCAUGUUGAUCACCCUUCACGUCGAGCAAUUCCCACAGUCGGGCUUCGAAGCUUUAGUAUCCUCUCCUCAACAAACCCUAGUCGCCUUUUCACUUCUGAAACACGAGCACAAAUACUCCGUGAUGCACUUCACAACCCAAAGAAAUACGGAGUUCGAGGGAGAAAUCAAAUCAAAAGACCCGCUGAUAAUGUGUGCCGGGUUUAGAUUCUAUGAGGUCCGGCCGAUAUGGUCGCAGCCGUCGAUUCGAGCCAGUAACAAUGUGCACAAGUUUGAACGAUAUCUGCGACCUGGUAAGAUGAAUAUCGGGAGCGUUUAUAUGCCUGUCACCUUUGGCUCCACAACACCCGUGCUCGUUUUCAAACAAGAAGAUGAUCCCGACCUUCCAAUCAGCCUCGUCGGUAAUGGAACUUUGAUCGGUAGUGAACCGCAGAGGAUCAUUGCCAAACGGAUCAUAUUGACCGGCCAUCCGUACAAAGUUCACAAGAAAACAGCGACCAUUAGGUAUAUGUUUUUCAAUCGAGAAGAUAUUGAAUAUUUCAAGCCGAUCGAGCUGAAGACGAAGAAGGGGAAAGUUGGGCACAUCAAAGAACCACUAGGAACGCAUGGAUAUUUGAAAGCGAAAUUUGAUGGACCAAUCGACCAGAUGGAUACGAUCUGUUUAUCACUCUACAAACGAUGUUUCCCGAAAUGGUCGACCACCAAAUUGAUCAACUUGGACCACCAUCUUGCCACUGUUUUCUUCAAGUCCAAUCAAACUCAUAAUACGAUCCCUUCCGCCACGAUGGAGAUUGAUUGUUGA